AUGCCAGGUCAACUUGUAGCUGGCAUUGGAUCUGCUCCAUCUCCCCCCAAAUCAACAACGCGUUGGUCGACUACAACCUCCUCCGUCUCUGGCCCUAAACCUGCUCGGACAAAUACCCUCAACAGAAGACAAAGCAAUGCUCAGAAGCCCGAUCUCGAAGGUGUUGGAACGGGUAUAAGUGUAGGUGGGGUACAUAAUUCAACGGGGCCAACGCCUGGUCCUGUAACUACGCGUACAAGGCGACAAAGUCAUGCUACACCUCCAGUCUCCUCCACUGCUGGCCCUAGGCAACCCCGGAAAUCUAUUGGACCCGGUGCUUCGGUUACGUCUCAAGCAAACGGUGAUGAUGGCCCUCCUCGAAGGCGUCAGAGCUUUGCGAAGAGAAAUGCAACGGGGGAAAUACGGGUGAAUACCAAUGUAACUCGUGGUAGUCAUCAACCUACGGAACAAUCCAGCGGCCCUUCUUUUCUAAACACAACUAGGAGCCAGAAAGCAAAGUCCCUGCAGCCUGUUAGCCGUGGGAACAGAGAGAACCAAAUCACCCCUGGCGGCUCCGAUCAUUCUCGGUCCUCGUCAAAUACUGCCAUCCAGACUCCUGGAAAAGGAACUAUGACAUUAAACACGACUCCCUCGUCGAAACGGUCUUCAAUGAUGCCACAUCACCCGACUGGCCUAGGUGCAAGAACGAUUUCUCCCACAGAUGCUCGAAGGAUGAAGCGAAUGUCUCUCGUUCCUAAUCCGCCUCCAAUCCCACAGCGCUCGCCUACUCAACUAGAGUUAAACUCUCCUCGCCCACGUUCCUCAGCACCAUCACCUUCUAUGAUACCUCGAAAAAGCGUAACGCCCUCAUCGGCACGCACUACACCAGACCCUCACCGAAAAUCUUAUAGCUCAGGAGUGUCCCUCUCGUCAAAUACAACUUAUAACUCUGCUAGGAAUUCCAGUGGCUCUCUGCAGGGUCGGCUUUCACAGACUAUAUCAACUUCUAGACUUCCAACUCCUAAACCACGGACAGAGCAUUCAAAUCAGGAAGAGGAGGAGGUUCCACCCGUUCCUGCAAUCCCAAAGGCGUACGAAUCACCCAAAAACGAAGCUCACCUACCCCAAACUUUUACCCCUAGACAGAUCAGCAUGCCCUUUGAACUCGAAGCGAGGAGACAAGCACCAAAAGACGCAGCUUCUGCUACAGAAGUCGAAGCACCAUCUACACCUGCUCAUCAAACUUUCCUAGGGGAUGCCAUGAUGCAACAUGACAACCGUGCCUUUAGUUCUGAAUUUAAACCACGAGCCACUGUCACUCAUGGGAAGAGAAGUCUCCAACCACUGAAACUACCGCCACUCAACUUGAUGCCUUUGAGCGCUCCUGUUGCGAGUAAAAUUAAUGCCCUACGAGAUAAGGAGCCAAAGGACUUUACUCCUAACCGGUCUACUACACCUCCUCCUCCUCGCCAAACGGUGGCAAAGACCCCAAGCACUCCUAUGACGGCCUCUAAAACCAGCUUUUCUCAUGCCCCCCAGGAACAUACGCCAAUGCCCGCGCAUACGUCUAGAAGCAACAGUUCACAGUUUAUUCUACCUUACCAAACCGGCUACCGUUCUCAAAACAGCUCAAGCGCUCUAGAUUUUAUGGGAUUAUCUUCUAACCGAACUAUUUCGCCAUAUAUAUCUUCAUCAUUGCCUCGAGGUACUGAUGAAAUGAACUCUAUGCGUGAUAAAGUGGCCUCCAAGCCUUCUACCAACAAAUUGACUGGCCCACGCCCACAAACCCAAUUCUCUACAAUUUCUGCCUCCGAGUCAUUAAACUUCAAAUAUGAACCAGAUACCAUAGAACCUAAUCCUAGCCCUACCGUUGUACCGCCCUCACCGCAAAGAAAGAUAAGCCUCGAUCAAACUAGACAAACAGGAUGCAACGAUACAGGAACAGCAGAUAAUGUCAAAUUUGAGAAUAUGCCCCCUCCCAAACUUCCCGCCUCAGCCUCCGUUAAUAAUCUAUCACGAACCAGUCCUGCAUCAAAUACGAAUUUUGCGCCAGCCAAGCGAAAACAAUCUAUUUCAAAUGUGGUUGCUAGCAUCUCUUCACGAAGGAACAAGAGCAUAACAGGCGAGCCAGGGCCGACAGUUGUAACUCAGUCAUCUACGGAAAUAAUUGAUGAGGCGCAGCCGAACAAGAGUUCAUCAUCCUCAAUCUUGAACCCUGUACAACGGUUACUUGGAGGCCCGCGCCCGCCCCCCGCCCCUGUAUCUACAAAGCCUCGAGUUGAGGAAGGAGAACUUGACCGUGAUGACCUCAUAGCUGAAGAGGAAAUGCGGAAGCUUGGAAGCAAGCGCAAGGAUUUUGAGUCGGCAGCAAGGGAAUUGGACGAGCUUCGGCGAAGAGCUGGUCCUAAGGAACGGGCUUCUCCAGCUCAAGCUUUAAAGAUUGCAAGUCUGAAUAUCUUUGAACGAGGAGAAAUCAUUGACUAUAAGGACAUCUACUUCUGCGGUACUCACAAAGCCAAGAAGCAUGUCGGCGAUCUUAAUGCUCAGACCGCCAAUUUUGGCUACGAUGAUGAACGUGGAGACUAUAACAUAGUUAUCGGCGAUCAUAUUGCUUAUCGAUAUGAGGUUGUUGAUGUCCUUGGGAAAGGCAGCUUCGGUCAAGUCGUACGUUGCGUUGAUCACAAGACUGGCACCCUUGUUGCCGUCAAGAUUAUUCGUAACAAAAAACGUUUCCAUCAACAGGCACUGGUUGAGGUGAAUAUACUUCAAAAGCUGAAAGAAUGGGAUCCACAAAACCGCCACAGCGUAGUCAACUUCACCCAAAGUUUUUAUUUCCGUGGACACCUCUGCAUAUCUACGGAGCUACUGGGUAUCAAUCUUUAUGAAUUUAUUAAGGCUCAUGAUUUCCGAGGAUUCUCCCUCAAAAUUAUUCGUCGUUUCACUAAACAGAUGUUAAUGUCUCUGGUGCUCCUCCAGAAUCACAAAGUUGUGCAUUGUGACAUGAAACCCGAAAACGUACUUCUCGUACAUCCGCUCCGUGGAGAUAUCAAGGUCAUUGACUUUGGAUCAAGUUGCUUUGAAAAUGAAAAGGUGUAUACAUAUAUCCAGAGCCGUUUCUACCGCUCCCCAGAAGUUAUUCUAGGCAUGUCGUACGGAAUGCCAAUCGACAUGUGGUCUCUUGGCUGCAUUCUCGCGGAGCUAUAUACUGGGUAUCCACUGUUUCCCGGCGAGAACGAACAAGAGCAGUUGGCCUGUAUCAUGGAAAUAUUUGGACCCCCUGAGAAGCACCUUAUCGAGAAGAGUACCAGGAAGAAACUGUUCUUUGACUCCUCUGGAAAGCCUCGUUUGACUGUCUCGUCCAAGGGGCGCCGGCGCAAACCCAGCUCAACUGAUCUCCGACAGGCUCUCAAAUGUGAUAAUCCUGCGUUCCUAGAUUUCAUUGCUCGCUGCUUGAGAUGGGACCCUGCUCGCAGAAUGACACCGCGUGAUGCUAUGCAACAUGAGUUCAUCACUGGUAUUAGAGCUCCCCCACGCUCCACCCGCUCUCUGCACCAUUCGCAUUCUCAGUCACCCGUCAAGCGAUUUGCAUCUACCAGUGCUACAUUAAACGGUCGGCCCCUUCCAAAUCCUCCUUCCACAGCUUCAAGCAGCGACGGAACACGCCUUCGAGACUCCUCAACCAAUUCUCCUGUCAAACAUGGUUUACCCAAGCGCCACUCUACCUUCCACCACACAUCCACAACGACGACGGCCAAUCCGGGGGCGACCCCAAAGCGUGCGUCCAACAUCCCUCCAUCAGGUGGUUCCGCUUUGCCUCGUGUGACGCCGAGGAAUGCUAGUGGGAAGCCAGAUCUUGCAGCCGCGGCAGCAACAACCAGCUUGAAGACAAAGGUAUAG